CUGGUAGAAUUUACAUCUCUGUAAAAAGAAAAAGAAUAAUUCACAUCUCUGGACCUUUGUUUCUCCAUCUGUCAAAUGGGCAUAAGGAGGGCCCAUUUAUCCAUCACACAUGUCUGGGAUCAUUUUGCUCUGUGGGCAGAUGGGGAAAAAGCAGGUGUUUCUCUUCCUACCCUGCUUCAUGAUUCCCAUACUUGUGCACAGUCAUUAACAAGGCAGAGGAGGGUGAAUGAAAAUCCGCCCUUGCAAAACUGCAAAACAGUCAUAGCUGACUUCACAGCUGUUUACUGCCCUCACCUGCUGACUUGGAAACCCUUUCCUCAUUUGUAGUGUGUCAAAGAGAAAGUGAUCUGGUAAGUAUCUCCCAAAUAUAUUGGUGAGUUUAUAAGUUAGCCCUACAGGAAGAAUAGGGCAACACAAAGAAAUGCCUUGCUUAUGAUGGACUUUCAAGGGCCAAAAGCCCCUGUCCCCAAUUCCAAGACCCUUGACUGACACCACUGGAUGAUGUCUUCCACAGCCUCAGCCCUGAGAAGUUUGUCCUGUGAAGACACCUGAGCACUACCCAAUCUGGAGCUCUGGCUACUAGUCCUGGUUCUGCCCCUGAAGGGUUGUAUGACGUCCGCCACAUUCUUCUACCUGUACAGUGAAGCUGGUGGAUAACAUACCCUCCACUGUCCCUCCACAGUUCUCAGGUUCUACAAUUCAGUAGAAGAUGGAGCUGGCUUUCUAAAUUAACAAUAUAAACCAGGUAACUUUUUAGUUCCUCUUGGCUUGAGUCCCUGCCUCCUGGGACUAGAGAAAUAGGUGGGAAAUAGGUGUGUGUCUGACUCCCUGGUCUGGGUCAGAGAAUCACAGAGUUAUGGGCAGCUGGCAGGAAACCUCAGUGAUUAUCAAGACCCAUGUCCUAUCUCCCCCAUUCACUCGACAAAAAUUCACGAAGCAGUUGCAUUGAAUAAAAUGUGGGCAGGGGUGGCAGCUGUUGUGUUCACUGAUCACACUGGCUGGCACAUAGUAGGUACUCAUUAAACAUCUAUUGAAUGAUGGGUAAUUUCCUGCAGCAGAGUCAUUUAGGGGAGCCUAUGAAAUGCAGAUGCCUGGGCCCACUAGACCUGUUGAAUUGUAAUCUCUGCUGACGGGGCCCAGGUGACCGACAUGACUCCAGAGUUUGAGAAUCAUGGCUGUUAAUAUCUGAGUAAAGCAUUCUCCUAUUAUCAGAAGGGAGAAAACACUGAUGUUUUUUACUUUUGAGGAUUUGUUGGUAGUGACUAAAAUAUUCAAAUCAAAUAGGUUCACUUUGCUACAGCCAUUUCCAUGGAGCCUGGAGCAAUCUGGGCUUGCCCAGGGUAUGGGCCGGGCAAACUUUCACUAAUCUCGGGAGAGGCAAGGCCAAUAAAAAGGCAGAGGAGAUAGGAGUCAAGGCACAUGAAGUCCAAGUUUGGCAUGAUUAUUGCCCUUCACUUGAAAGUCAUAAAAUAGGAAAUGUGCCACCAUUCCAGCUUUCCGGGAGGGGUUGCUGGUGUGAGGUUUUCCUCAAUCCCUCUCAAGGGUCUGUGGCUUAGACCAUGCACAGAUCUGGCUUCAGAUCUCAGCUGUGUCUCUAACUGCUUGGUCUUGGGCUAAUCACUUUAACCCCCUUUAAGCUUUUGUUUCCUCAGUCAUAAAUGGAUAUCACACUGCUGACUACUCAGGGUUGUUGAAGACAAUCUGACAUGAUAUAAACUCAGGUGUCUGGCACAUGCACAGUACAGAAGAGCUGUUAAGUUUAGGUUGAUACCUAUUAUAUCUGGGCUGGAGUGUUCAGUAGAGGUUGGUUUAACCCUACCCUUUUGUUUUUACAUGGAGGGAAACAGCCUCAGAGAGGGGAAGCUAACUGCACAAGAUCAUCUAGCCCGUUAGGUUUCUUGAGGGCUUUUAAGGAUCAGAGAAGGUGAUGAGUUGACUCUGUGGUUGGCCCUUGACAAAAGAAUUCCUGGGAUAAGGUGUUUUUAUAAAAGAAGCUGGAUGUCUCAGGUGAGGUGCCUUUUCACCUGAGUUUCUUGCCAGCCAGAAGUCCAUUCUGAGGACACAGGGGUUAGUAAGAAACCCUGAAGCUGGGCAAUUUGUGGCUUUUCUAUCAACAUCAGGGUUUUAAAGACAAAAGCCAUUGGGCGAGCGCUGUUGAGGGCUUCCCUGGGAGGCCCUGUCUGGCCCUGCAGCUCUGCCAGGCCAAGGCUAGAGGUGGCUGGCCUUGGGGACCCUCCAAGAAUGGCCCCUGGGUUAUAAGGCGCACAACACCAAUCAGAGGCCAGGCUGGAUCUGGUAGGGACACUUCUUGGAAACAGAGUCCUGUGGGGCUCUGACUCUGGUGUCUAUGGGCAACAGCAGAAAAGUGGGGCCUUAGGAGAGCUCACAUCCUUAGUGCUAAUGCUGAUGACACUGGUGAUGGUGGUGACGAUGAUGAGCGUGAGAAUUAGCACUUCCUCUUUGCCAGGUGCAGGGCUAGGCAAUUUAUUUUACACACAUUGUUUCAUUCAAUCCUCACAAGAUCCCUACCUGGAGGAAACUGAGGCUCAGAGAGGUUAAGUAAACCACCAAGGGCACAAAGUUAGUAAGCACCAGGAUUCAACUCCAGACCUAUUGGAUUCAAGGUAGCCAGCAACCUGUAAGCACUGGAGGAAAGGAAAGUAACAUUGGCCAGGGCCUCCGAGAGACAAAUAUUUUAUCCCCGUUUUUACAGAUGAGGAAACAGAGAACCAGAGAGGUUAGCAUUUUCCCCAUGAAGUCAGGUACUGUGCAAAACACUUUCCAUAUGUCAUCUCCUCGAUCAUCAUAACAUCCCUAUGAAGUAAUUCUUUUUUUUAAAGUAUUUGUUUAUUUAUUUAUGGCUGCAUUGGGUCUUCGUUGUGGUGUGCGGGCUUCUCAUUGCGGUGGCUUCUCUUGUUGUAGAGCAUGGGCUCUAGGCAGAAGGGCCUCAGUAGUUGUGGCACGCGGGCUCAGUACUUGUGACACACGGGCUUAGUUGCUCUGCGGCCUGUGGGAUCUUCCCUGACCAGGGCUUGAACCCGUGUCCCCUGCAUUGGCAGGCGGAUUCUUCUUUUUUUUUUUGGCAGGCCGAUUCUUAACCACUGUGCCACCAGGGAAGUCCUGAAGUAAGUAAAUCUAUGAUCCCCAUUUGUGUAGAUGAGGAAACCAAGGCCUGAGACUAAAUGACUUGCAGGUGUUCAAAACCAGGCAAUCUGACUCGAGGGCCCAUGCUCUUAACUCCCUGAGUUGCCCAAUAUUGGAAUGAGAUGUGGUGGGCUGGACCAGAACCUGGGACUACUGACUCCCAGGCUAGUGCUCCAAGGUUACAUGUAGGAUUUCUCUCUCUCUCUCUCUCUCUCUCUAUUUCUUUUUUUUUGGCCACGCACCAUGUGGGAUCUUCGUUGCCUGACCAGGGAUCAAACCUGCGUCUGUUGCAUUGGAAGCGUGGAGUCAUAACCACUGGACCGCUGGGGAAGUCCUAGGCUUUCUCUUGGGAUUCGUUGUCCCUUAAAAGCACACUGGUCUAAAGCCCAAAGAGUGAAAUCAUGCCCUGUGGUUCUGGGAACCUCAGGCUGGAGAAGAAGGAAGCUCUUGCCCUGGUGUUCAAGUCUGAGCAGGUGUACUGUGGACCCUCCCUGUUUCCUCCUCUGGCUGGGAGGGAGCCCAGGUAGGGCAGGCAGGGUGGGUCAGCCCUUGUGAGUGCAGGGUGGGAGGAGAGCAGGAGGCAGGAGGGCCCAAUAAAACAGGCCUAAAUCUUCCCGCCUUCCUGCCUUUACCCAGGCGGUGCCCUCAUCUCCUGCCUGGCAAACAGAAGGGCAUGAUGAUGAGAGUUCAAGGUUGGCAUCAGGAGACCCGAGUUCUGGUUCUGGCUCUGGCACUCACUCCAUGUGCACCCUUGACUCUGGGCAGUUUCCUUAUCUACACAAUGUGUGGUGGUGGUAAUGGGGGAUCAAAAUCCUCUGGGAUUUUUAGUUAACACAUUAUUUAUUAAGAACCUACAAUAUGCCAGGUACUGGAGACAUAGCAUGUGCAAAAGCAGAUUCAGGCCCUGCUUUCAUGGGUCUUAGAGUCUAGUAGGAAGAGGUUCCAAGAUCAAAUCUUCACUGAAGCUAAUGUAAAAUGACAACUGUUUACCAGUGUUUUAAAGGCCUGCAGAACUAAGGGAGCCCAGGAUGGUGGGAGUCAGGGGAGGGAAUGGGUUGAUAGUCUGAGGGGCAGCAAGGAAGGAUGCGGUGAAGAUGUGGUUUACUAGAUGAAUAUCCGCUGGCAGGGGACAGCACCCUGUUGUGAGAUGGUUCACCCAAGAAACUGGGAGGAGGCCAGUGGGCCUGGGGAAGCAUGCAGGAGGCUGGCCAUUUGAAGGCAUUGUGGGCCACAGUAAGAGAAGUCAUUGAAGUUUUGGGAUUUUUUUGGGGGGGAAUUAGGGAGUGAGGGGAUACUUAAGAGAGAGAGAGAGAGAGGGUUACAUUUGGAAUCUGGGUCAACGUAUCUUCUAAGGAAAAGAUUUUUUUUAAAGCCACUCCCUCUGAGGAGUCUUCCUGGAUUUCUCCACCUUUGACCUAUGGUAUCCCUCCCUUUCUGGCCUGCAGCCCGGCAUGACAAACUCAAGCCUCCAGGGCAGCCAGACCUGGGCUUUUUCUUCCUGCACUGAAUUGCACUGUGACUUCAAACGAGGUCCUCUGCCUUCCCAGGCCUCAGUUUCCCCAGCUGUGCCCAAGCAGGUUGUCUCGAAGGACCCGCCCAGUGCUAACGCAACGUGAUUCGCUCUGGCAGGAGCGGUGGGCUGCCUGCAUUGCUGCGCAGGCAUCGGACUGCCCGCUGGGGCACCGUCACCAGGCUACGGGCGCUUUCCUCCCGGGCAGGGGGCAGCGGACGAGGAUCGCGGCGCCAGACGUUGCGCAGAAAAGUGGGGGCGCGACCCCCUGCUGGAGCGGGCACCGCGCGGCCCCGCCCCCGCAGCCAGCUGCCCUGCGGCAGCCGGGGCCCGAGCUCCGCCCUCCUCCUCCCGCCGGCCUCUCUCCCUCCUCCCGCCUCCCUUCCUCGCUCGCUCGCUCCCUCCCCCCAAGCCGGCUCGGCGCUGACUCCGCCGCACGCUGCAGCCGCGGCUGGAAGAUGGCGGGGAACGACUGCGGCGCGCUGCUGGACGAAGAGCUCUCUUCCUUCUUCCUCAACUAUCUCGCCGACACGCAGGGCGGGGGAUCUGGGGAGGAGCAACUCUGCGCUGACUUUCCGGAGCUAGACCUCUCCCAGCUGGACGCCAGCGACUUCGACUCGGCCACCUGCUUUGAGGAGCUGCAGUGGCGCCCGGAGAACUCCGAGACCGAACCCAGCCAGUACAGCCCCGACGAUCCGGAGCUCUUCCAGAUAAUCGACAGUGAGAAUGAGGCCCUCCUGGCAGCACUCACCAAAACCCUGGAUGACAUCCCCGAAGAUGUUGUGCAUCUGGCCGCCUUCCCAGCCCUGGAUGAUGGAGACGCACCCUCCUGCGCUUCUGCUUCGCCUGUCCCCUCAUCUGCGCCCCCCAGCCCCUCCCUGGAGAGGGCCCCAGCCUCGGCCCCUGAAGUGGAUGAGCUCUCGCUGCUGCAGAAACUCCUUCUCACCACGUCCUACGCAACCUCGACCUCUGACAGCCAGAAGGAAGGGACCGCCUGGCGCCAGGCAGGCUUCAGGUCCAGAAGUCAGCGGCCUUGCGUCAAGAUGGACAGCGCCCAAGACAGGAAGGCCCCCAUGAUGCAGUCUCAGGCCCGGAGUUGCACAGAGCUGCAUAAGCACCUCACCUCGGUGCCAUCCUGCCCCCGGGCUAAAGCCUGCUCCCCUGAUAGGGUCCUCCAGCAACCACCACCCCUGAGUCCCUGGGUCCCUGCCAAGGAGGAUGAGGAGGCGGGUCAGGACUGCCCGAGUCCCCAGCCGGCUCCAGCCUCUCCCUGGGACUCCCCAGCACCAGGCAGGGCAGACCCCAGCUCCCAGGUUUCCCAAGAGGACAUGCAGGCCAUGGUGCAGCUCAUUCGCUACAUGCACACCUACUGCCUUCCCCAGAGGAAGCUGCCCGCACAGGCCCCAGAGCCAGCCCCCCAGCCCUACAGCAGCCCCGCCAAGCAGGUCAGACCCCGGCCUCGGUGCCAGCACCCUUCCAAAGCCACCUGGGCUGAGUUCUCCAUCCUGAGGGAACUUCUGGCUCAAGAUAUCCUCUGUGAUGUCAGCAAACCCUACCGCCUGGCCACGCCUGUCUACGCCUCCCUCACACCCCGGGCCCGGCCCAGGCCCAAAGACAGCCAGGCCUCUGCGGGCCACCCCACCCCCGUGGAGGAGGUGCGGGUCGCAGCUUCACCCCAGAGCUCGGGGCCCAGACCCAGCCUGCGCCCACUGCGGCUGGAGGUGAAAGGGCACAUCAGCCGGUUGGCCAGGCUGCAGCCUGAGGAGGAAGAUGAGGAAGAGGAAGAGGAAGAAGAAGAAAAAGAGGAAGAGGAGGAGGAGGAGUGGGGCCGGAAAAGGCCGGGCCGGGGCCUGCCGGGGACCAAGCUGGGGAGGAAGCAGGAGAGCUCCGUGUGCCCCGUGCGGCGUUCCAGGAGACUGAACCCGGAGCUGGGCCCCUGGCUGACGUUCACCGAUGAGCCGAUGGUCCCCGCGGAGCCCCAACGGGCUCUGCCCUCGCUGCGCCUGGCCCCUGAGGCCUGCGACGUGGAGGGGAAGCUGGGCAGCCCCGCGGACGAGGACAGUGGCCAAGAACAGCAGCUCCGACGGGGACCCCAGAUCCCAGCUCUGGAGAGCCCCUGUGAGAGCGGGUGUGGGGACACCGACGAGGACCCCAGUUGUCCGCAGCUCUCUUCUGGAGACUCUCCCAGGUGCCUCAUGUUGGCCUUGUCGCAAAGCCCCACUGGCGACCCUCCUUUUGGCAAGAAGAGCUUCGAGCAGACCUUGACGGUGGAGCUCUGCGGCACGGCAGGACUCACUCCGCCCACCACUCCUCCAUACAAGCCCACAGAGGAAGACCCCUUCAAGCCAGACAUCAAGCACAGCCCAGGCAAAGACAUAGCUCCCACCCUGGAGGUUCCCCAGCUCGGGACUGCUGCAGAGGCUGCCCACAAGCCAAAGAAGCACCCAGAGCGGAGCGAGCUCCUGUCCCACCUGCGGCAUGCCACAGCCCAGCCAGCCUCCCAGGCUGGUCAGAAGCGCCCCUUCUCCUGUUCCUUUGGAGACCACGACUAUUGCCAGGUGCUCAAGCCAGAUGGCGCCCUGCAGAGGAAGGUGCUGAGGUCCUGGGAGCCAUCUGGGGUCCACCUUGAGGACUGGCCCCGGCAAGGUGCCCUGAAGGCUGAGGCACGUGCCUCUGGCAGAGAGGAAGACGGGAGCUAUGAUGUCGGUGCCCCCGCCAAGGACAGUACGCUGCUGAGAGACCACGAGAUCCGCGCCAGCCUCACCAAGCACUUUGGCCUCCUGGAGACAGCCUUGGAGGAUGAAGACCUGGCCUCCUGCAAGAGCCCUGAAUACGACACCGUCUUUGAGGACAGCAGCAGCAGCAGUGGCGAGAGCAACUUCCUCCUAGAGGAGGACGACGAGGAGGAGGAGGAUGAAGAGGACUCAGGGGUCAGUCCCCCUCGCUCUGACCACUGCCCGUACCAGAGCCCACCAAGCAAGGCCAGUCGGCAGCUCUGUUCCCGCAGCCGCUCCAGCUCUGGCUCCUCAUCCUGCCGCUCCUGGUCUCCAGCCACACGAAGGACCUUCAGAUGUGAGAGCAGAGGGUCGUGUUCAGACAGAACGCCAAGUGUCCGGCACACCAGGAAGCGGCGGGAAAAGGCCAUUGGUGAAGGCCGUGUGGUGUACGUUCGAAAUCUCUCCAGUGACAUGAGCUCCCGUGAACUGAAGAGGCGCUUCGAGGUGUUUGGCGAGAUUGUGGAGUGCCAGGUGCUCACGAGAAGCAAGAGAGGCGAGAAGUACGGCUUCAUCACCUACCGGUGUUCUGAGCACGCCGCCCUCUCUCUGAGGAACGGCGCUGCCCUGCGGAAACGCAGUGAGCCCUCCUUCCAGCUGAGCUACGGGGGGCUCCGGCACUUCUGCUGGCCCCGCUACACUGACUAUGAUUCUAAUUCAGAAGAGGCCCUGCCUGCGUCAGUGAAAACCAAGUACGAAGCCAUGGAUUUUGACAGCUUACUGAAGGAGGCCCAGCAGAGCCUGCACUGAUAACAGCCUUAACCUUCGAGGAAUACCUCAAUACCUCAGACAAGGCCCUUCCAAUAUGUUUACGUUUUCAAAGAAAUUAAGUAUAUGAGAAGGAGAGAGAGCGAAUGCGUGAGAGAGAGAGAGAGAGAGAGAGAGAGAGAGGGACUUGGAACUGCUGUCCUUUUAAAACAAACAAAAAAAAUUAAUGUUUACAUUGAACAAAGCUGCUUCUGUCUGUGAGUUUCCAUGGUGUUGACGUUCCACUGCCACAUUAGUGUCCUCGCUUCUGACGGGUUGUCCUGGGUGCGCUCCAGACGCUGAGUCCGUCACCCGCCUCCCCUUCCUCCCCGACCGACGUCCCCUCGUAGACGUGCAGCUGUGUUCACCAUACCAUUUCUUGUCUGUAGUGUGUGAUGAUGAAAUCGUUACUUGUGAAUAGAAUCAGGAUUAUAAACUCAUUUUUAAUUGAAGAAAAAAAAAGUAUAUCCUUAAUGUAUUUAUGGCUCAGAUGUACUGUGCCUGGGAUUAUUGUAUUGCUUCCUUGAUUUUUUAACUAUGCACUGUCGUGAGGUGUUUGCCACUGAGCUGCACUGCUCCCUUUGCCAGAAUGCCCCAGAGGUGCUGGGUGGCCGGAAGCCUGGUCACUGGGGAGGUGUGGCAUGCAGCCACAGCUAGGAGGAAUGGAGAGAGGUUUCUGGGCCUCUUCUGCCGAGUGCUGCCUUGUCUCUCAUUGAGCAAGUUUGGGUCCAUUUACAAUCAGAGCCCUCAUCUGGUGUCCAGCUCACGCUUAGAAUUUGUGCCGGGCCGUGAGUGCUCAGAUCCUUGUGGACCUUGGAAGGAAGGUGGGGUGAGCUGCGUUAUUCCUGUUUUCCAGGCAGUGCCCCAAGAGGCGAAAUGACUUACCCAGGGUCCCACGACCAGUGAGACUACAGAGGAACGGCCCUGCCUGGGCCUAUCCUAGGGUAAAGAGGCAAAGUUGCAAGGACUGGUAGAGGUGGGUUCAGCUAAAAAGGACAACAGGCUAGAGGCUUCCAGGCUCAUUUUGUGGGGGUAAGUCAAUGGCUGCCUCACCAGCAUGGGGCAAGUGUAGGCUCUGGCACCAGUCUUGAUCCAAGGGGUCCUGUGGUUUGCUUACACCUGUGGACAUGCCAUCACAGCUUCAGUGACACACCUGGGGUGACCCAGAGAGGCAACCUGGGAGCGAUCAUUCAUCCUUUUUGGGCCAGUCACCAGCCCAUCCUCCUUCAGCUUGAUUUCCCUUUUCUUCACCUGCAAAGUUGUUUUGGUGGCGUGGGACAGAGGUAGCAGGAGGGAGACAUGAGGGAUGGGGAUGGACAAGACAAUCUCCAAGCUCCUCUCCGACUUAGAAAACAUUCAUUGGGCUUUACUUUGAAAUUUGUGUUCUUGAGUGAUGUCAAAGCCAUGUCCAGCUUGGAUGUUCUGCAGGUGCCUUGGGGGCCAUUUGUGAGGGAGAGCAUGGCCAGGCAGGGUAAGAGUGCAUUGCUUCUACUUUAGACAGAGCGGCUCCAACUUGGUCUCUUUCACACAUCAGGGUUCCUUGGGAAAUUUUUGUGUUUAAAAGAAAAAAAAAAAGCAAAAAGGUCCUGCUGCUUAAAAAAAGUUUGAACUUGACUCAUUUAACUAAACGAGGUGAUUUAAUCUAUUAUUAAUGCCGGGCCUAGUUCUUUGGGAAUUGGUAGUUAUGGGGUUUUGGUUUGUUUGUUUGUUUUUAAGAUCAUAAAAUACCUCAGUAGGUUAACUGGGCUGAUGAACCUCUCCUGAGAGGUGAGCAUACUCCAAGCCCACGGAGAAGGCUGGAGGAGACAGGCGUUAGAGGAACAGGGAAUUUGAGUUCCUGUGUAUCAAGUCACUUCACCUCUCUGGGCCCCAAUUGUCUUUUCUGUGUAAUGGGCUGAGGGGGAGAAUUAGGCAAGUUGAUCUCUAAGGUCCUUGCCAGGUCUGAUAGUCUUAGCUUCUCCUAAGGUGGUAUCUAGCAAAUACAUAGUGGCAUAUGGGCCACUACACCCAUGUCCUCGGCCAGUAGCAGACAUAACUAAUCAACCACAGUACUCAUGUUCUUUGAGCUUGGUCAUGCUAUUCGAAUCCUCAACACAGUGUUCCGAGCAGCCAUUACUAACUGAUCAGAGUUUAACCUGUUUAACCUUCUGGUCUAAUCUUUGAAUGGUUUCUGUUAUACAGAGCUAUAUAGUGGCUGGGUUUCAUGCUGGCCCAUCCCUGAUCUAUGAGAGAAAAUUCCCCUAAAGCCCUUCCUUGGCACAGGACUCCCAAUACUACUCUGACACAAUCCCACUUGGGGGUGGGGGCCAAGUGGAAUAGUGGGCAGAAACAUGUUUGGGGAAGGCAGGGUUUAUGAGGAUUGACCAAAAGGGGACUUUCCACAGCAGGGACCUGCACAUUCUAAAUUCCUUUUAUAGCUGUUCACUGCCUAGCAUACAGUAGGCACACAAUAAAUGGUUAUGGAAUAGAAUGGAAUGGAAUAGAAUUUAAAUCCACCUGAUGCCUCCCCUAAGUCCUGAUUUGCACCAAGGAGUAAACUGAGAUUUCAUCCUGUGGAAAAAGUAGGAAGGUACUCUACAUUCAGAGUCUGGAGAACUGGGUUGAGUCCUGGCUCUGCCAAAAACUAUCUUUGUGACUUUGAUAAGUCACAGAGUCCCUUCCUCUCCCUGAGCCUUGGUGUGCCAGAAGGAGUCAGACUAGACGAUCUCUAAGCCCCUCCUAUUUGCUUCUUCCUUGAUUGCACUAGCCUAGAGAUUCUGCCUUGAGAAGAUGGUACCUUAGGGUAAAGAAAUGCAGAUUUUUAGCGAAGGACAAGUCUGUCCCCUCUUCUGGGUCAGCUGAAGCUGCCCUUUCACUUCAGAUUAAUACAAGGCACUUGAAGGUAGUUAGACAUUGGCUCUUGAGUGUAGUACUUGGACGUGAUAUGCCUAAGGUCGGGGCUGGGGCCCGCUGAUGGGAGAGGGUGCCUGCCAAAGGCAUCAAGAAGUUUCUUCUCUCCAUCCCGUACAUAAAAGGCUGCAAGUUCUAAAAUUGACCAACCCUGCAGACAACCUCCAUCCGGAAGACUCAUUCGGUGCUCUGUAUUAUUUACCAAGGAAACUCCAAGGUCUCUCCAGGACAACUAGUCAACCUUGGUCUCUUUCCCACCAAAUUAAGGAGUAACCCAGAGGGAGCAGCUGCCAUUGGCAACCAUCUCAUUGUAGCUCUGUCCUAGUAUUUGCUCUUGAUCAUGUUUACAUGUGAUUGCCAUAAAAGCUUACAGUAGACUGUGUUGGUAGCCACCCAUGCAAGGCAAGUCGUACUGUCCAUCUCUGUGCCGUGCUGGUGUUUUCCAAAUAUGUCCGAUCUAAACGCUAAGUGGAAUUCUUCCAUCUCCUUCCUCAGUCGGUACAGGCUGAAUCAGAAUCCUCACUCCUGGGGGCUCUGGUUACCGAAGGAAAAUGCAUCAAAGAAGUAAAGAAUAUGAGUGGAUGGAGUGCAGCUACGGCGGUGACCCCCUUCCCCCCAUCAUACCUUGCCCCCCAACCAGAACACUGCUUUGAGACCCAAAACACCAGUCAGGUGUCUGCAUCUGCUGUGAGUUCUCACAGCCUUGCGUGUCAAAUGUGCCCAGGAGAGAGGCAGGGCUUCAGGGGUUCCAGGGAGGGAAGAGGAAGGGAGGAAUGCUCUAAGCUGCAAAGACUCGGUACCCAGGUCCUGAUGUGGGAAGACAUGCAAUAAGAAAUCUUUCUUGCCUAAAGCCUGUGCUUGUUGAUGUUUGGAGAGCGAUUUCUUCUAGGUGUAUGCAAUAUACGGACUGAGGGGGCAGGGAAGGCAUGACAGUGCAGCCCUUCUGCAGGGGUGGCUUGGAACCCUAUCCCAGGCCUUAGGUUCAGUUGAAAUGACAGCUGAGCCUGCAGCUUGAGAGAUGGGACAUCCCAGCUGUGAAGCAGAAUCAACCCCAAAGGAUUUGUUGGUCUGACUCACUGAUGUCAAAACUGCAGUAUUUUCUUACCAUUUGAGAUUUAGCAGUUGUCCUCAGAUAUGACCAAGGAAAGCAAUUGAAUGUACAGUAGCAAAUAAAGUGAACCUAAUGGUUUCAAUGGCCAAAGAAGAGGGAUCCUUCCCAUUGGGGCAGAAGGAAACCGAUUUGUGCUUACGUGCAAUAUGUUUAAGCUGGUCCCCAAGUCCCUGAGACAUUUGCACACAUAGAUGGGCUCCAGGACUGUCUGCCGAGUCCAGGGGUACGGGGUAAAUGGAGGGAGAGCUUGGGAGCUGCGAAACCCUCAUGCAUAGCGAUGCCCUUGGCCCAAAACAGACGUGAGGUGGAGGGCCCCUGGCAGCCGGCUGUAGAAUGUCCAGGAAAGUAGGCAGAGGCUAACUUUGCAUGGAACCAAUAAAAGCACUUUGAGAAAACCACAGCACUCAGCCUGGCUCCGUGUUUCUACACUGGCGAAUAUGGAUCUCCUUGGGCUAUGUGAGGCAUUCUCCUAGGGAUUGGAACAGGGGCUCAGGAAAGGGGCUGGUGAGGGAGGAGAGAGCAGAGAUGCCUUCCUAGACAUCAUCCACAGGAGAGCCCAUUCUAGGGCCAGCCCUUUGGAGGCCCUAAAAAUAGAGUGGUGCUUUUCGAUCUUGGUACCUAUUUCUGUAAAAAAAAAAAAAAAAAAAAGAAAA